AUGAGGACCUUAUUAUCUGCCGCCGGCCCUCGACUGACAAGCGACUUUGAGGGUGCGCAGGAGAUGUUUCUGCAUCACAUCUUCGACGAUGCCAAGGAGGUUGCAUUGUACUCGACCACUCGCCGGCCAGAGGCUUUCCUGCGACCUGAGCCAGCGGCAACCGGCGGCGCCCCGGAGGGUGGCUUUCAGUGGCAGCUUAUGCCGUUAUCAGCGGCGCUGAAGGACAUGGAGACUGUCCUGCAGGAUAUGCUACGGCAUGAGCAACAGUGUUGUGUCAAGGGUGAGUCGGCCGGGCUCUCCGCCAACUCUGUCGUGAGGUUUUGGCGUGCUAUGCUGGAGCAGGCGUUCCUGGCGCAGUACUGUGAUCUCGAAGCCCUGAAUUACGGCGACGUAGCGGCACCCGGCGCACCCCAACACUGGUUACACCACAUCUACCCUUAUGACUACUCCCGGCAACCGGCCGAGCUGCGGCGGCGACUCGAACGCGGCAUCCGUGCGCUUCUCUGCGCGUCCGCUUAUACACUUCAUAUUCACUGGGAGCAGCACAUGGCACGCCACCCUCCUUCCGAUGACGCCGCGAAGAUAUUGGGGCUCGAGUUUGUCAUGCUGUGGUGGUGGGCUAACCCUGACCAAAUUCCAAUCGAGCUAUCCCUCGCUGCGACUCGACUGCCACCACCGACGCUGCAGUCGCUUCGACAGCGGGAGUUCUCGGCGGAAUCGCCAGUGCUGGAACGCCACGGCGAUGGCAAGCAGCCAACACCGACACCGCCGCAAGGAGUGAAUAUCUCAAUAACACCAGUCUCUGUUGAGCAGCACUUGAAGCACUACCUUGCUCUCCUCUCGGACUCGGCCAGUACUGAUGCGCGUACCCAUCCUCAGUCUGAGCAGCAGCUGCAGCGACAGCGGCGUCGCCGCGCUGUACUCCGUCAUGGUGGUCUUCUCUGCCCGGCAGCUAUGUUCCCUCCUGCAUACCAAGACGCACUCUGUGCACACUUAACCCGCGUGCAUAGUCGGAAAAAAAUCACUACGUGUCCCUUGUUCCCGCGCUUGGUGGAGGUGGCUCUGGCAGUGGCCACAUCCAGCUCGGCGGCCCCAUGUGCGGACGGCGGGUCAAGCUCGUCUACACCCCCCUCCCAGCGCGAGUCUCUGAGCGCCGCUGCCCGCCGCGGUCGAGAAAUCGCCCUUCAGCUCUGCCAAGAGUGGUUGUGGCCAGUUAUAUGCGGUCGAGCUUCGCCCCAUGCAGUGCCAUCGACCGGACAGCCGCUUCUCCGUUCUGGCACCACCGCCACCCACGCGUCACCGCGCACUACGUCGAUGGAGACAGUCAAGGACUGGGCUGUGCUGAUAGCGGCCGUGGCGGCGGUGUCUCAGGUGCGAGGCAACCUGCUCGCGCUGCGGCGUGCGAGCGGAGCGAAUACGCGAGAAAGGUCUGACAGGGCACAUUGUGCCGCCAUUUCUGGAGCUGGCUGCAGCGGUACUGAAGAAUCGCUUGCUGUGGCGUCGGAGAGGGCCACAAGCCUCGCUCGCGUUCGUAACCACCUCUACCUGCCGCUGAUGCGAGCCUUGCUGAUUGGCCCCGCAGACGUGCCGUCUACUGACGACGAGCGCGUUCUCGAUGUGUCCGGUGCAACAGCGCCAACCGACAUGCCCGGUUGGGUUGCCCUUGUCUUCGCGUGCGUGGCUGCCUGCUUCGAGGAGGCCGGGAUGCUGCAACACGACAUAGCCCGACAGCCUGCCACCCCUGCGCGGCUCUGGUGCCUUCUCUUUCACUCCAUGUGCGACACGUUCCCUAACGUCUUUCACUCGGGCAGCACGGUGACAAUCAUGUGGACACUGCUGGCGCUCGAGGGAGUUUGCGCGGGGCCGUCACUCUACUACAGCACCUAUCGCCCGACAACUACUGGCAAGGCACAGACGAUGUCAGCGUGGCUGAGCACAGUAGCAGCGUGGAAUGGCUCUGAAGUGCUCGCGGCCGAGCUUCUCCAGUUAGCAGGACUGCCGAGCUGCGCCGAGGAAAGCAAGGCUACAACUGCAUGCACACUGUGCCCGCGGACAGAGCGAUGCCAGCGGACUGCGUUUGUUAUCUCUGCUGCCAUGGUCGAAGCGCUCGCUAACGACGGAGGCCUGAGAGGCUCGGGUGUCGGAGCGUCCCCCACGCAACUGAGGCAUGGAAGGCGGCACGGCAGAGUCACGCCUCUUCCCUCGUUCGCCAGCGCCCCGUCUCCUGCAUUACCGCUGCAACUGAGCUCCCCAGCUGAACUCGCUCAAGCGCAGGCCUAUCUCACCUCCUGUGUGGAGCUCUCUGAGGAGGUGGUAACGGUGUCCAUCGAGAUCUUCCGGCGAUACGCGACUCUACCGGUAUUGGUACCUGACGUAGAGACGCUGUCCUCCAUCGAGCCUAUUGCAUCGGCGGCCCAUGUGGGCGAGGAGAGACACGGCCGCAGCCGUGGCAGGCCGCCCACAGAAACAGCGUUGUUGCGACCUCAGAGGCACCCAUCGUUGAUGGUGCUUCUCCGCCUUCUCCAGGUGGUGGCAAUGUUCGGUGAAGCCGGAAGCCCUGCAGAUGCCGACGGUUCUGGUCUUGUGAACUGCGUCGUGGAUGACGUGAUGGGUGCCUGUCAUCCUGUGGUUGACGUGCACCUGCGCAAACUACGUGCCUACGCGGCGGCGGUGUCAGGGAGAAGCGGUGCCUUGGCGCUGCUGCACAACGAAACAAUUCGGAGUGCACUAAAUGAUCUUUCUCCUUCCCUAGGGCGGCAGCGUCUCAUGAAGGCAUUGCUAUGGUCUGGUCUGCCAGCCGCCGCGCCGGAGAAAGGCGAGGAAGCAGAGGUGGCGGUGUACGGCAGCGGCUCUCUUGCAUGGUACGUACUGGAGAGAAACCAACAGCGGUUCCUCGCCUUCACCCCACCCAGCGCGUCUGCUGCUGCUUUCAUCGACACAACGGAGGAUGAACACCACAAGCGGCAGCCAUCCUCCACCCACGACGCAAGCGAGACGGGCAACGACGCAGCCGAUGACGCCAACAGCUUUGCAGAGGUGGUGUCUUGCUUGGAUGAGGUUCUGCGGCACCUUUGGCAGUUGGCGAUCGCCAUCCCAGACGCGGGUCGCAUUGCACUCUGCCUUUACCCGUGCAUGGAUGACGGAUUGAUGGGGCGCAGUGGCCCAGACACAUCCACGAGCUCUUCGGAAACGGUAGUCAACAGGUCUGGUGAAGGCGCGUCUGUGCCAACUAACUGCGGUAGUGAUGGCGUGGUCGACAAUGAAUCCGACUCAGCUCCGGCAAACAGCGAUGAGGAUGCACUACCAACUCUGCACGCUGCAGCCACGGGCGCAGACAGACCCGACGCAUUGACGUACAAAAGUGUUGCCGUCUUGGAAAGCACCGCGGACGACUUCCUCGAGGCUGAAGUUGAGGGGGUUGACACUCCUGCGGAUUGGAACGGGAGCAACUUGCACGUGGACGUUGACUGCGACGACGGUGUGGUGACUGUCAUGCCUGCAGCAUAUGGUGCGCACGCACCACUGGACACCGCAUCCCUGUGGGACUCGUGCGCUGCGGUUAGGUCAUCCGCGACUCGCCACGCAGCAAGACGCAAAGAUGGCGUAGUCACUACGACCGGCAUCGGUGAAGGACUCAACGCAAACCACCAAGACUCAAGCGAAGGCGCAGGCGAGUGCAACACCGUCACACACCUUGGCGACCAUCGCGCAUUAGCCCAGACGCUGCUGCUUGCCACACCCGCCGCGCAGCACAUCUUCUACUCGCUGCUGGACGUGCUCUCUUGGACAGUUAUGCCACAGGCCUCUUCGGCAGAUACGACGACGGGUUUAGCGCUCGCAUGUCCGCUGGGACACGCCCAUCUGCCCGGCGACCGUGGCCGCCAUUGGUGUGAACGACUGGCUGCCAAUUACGGCAAGUGCGUGUCUGUGUGGGAGGCGCACUGCACGCUCACCAAAGAGAGCACCACAGCCACUCCGGGGGCGGCUGCACUUUGUCGGCCACAGACCAUGGAGCAUGUAGCGCUUCUUCUCUUGCAGUCGUGCCCUGACGUCUAUGUUGUGGGAUUGCUGUUGCUUGCUAUGGCAGGUGGCACAGAGGACCCUCAGCGCAUGUCACCCAGUGCACUGGAGGCAUUUGCGCGACGUGUGCAGGGCGCUGGCUCGUUGCUCCCAUGGUCUGUGGAGUCGUCUGUAGCGCAACUUCUUUUUCACGCCGGUGUGACGGCUGCGGGUGUGCAGCGCUGGCGUGGGAUGCAUCGGUCGAAGGUCGAUUCGGAGUCGCGCUGCGGCAGAGGAGGCGCUGCGUCGACGGCACUCGUGCAUGUUGCCGUGCAUCGAAAUCUGCUGCAGAACGUGCAGAGAAAAGUGAGCACGCUGAGAAGGUGCGGCGGCACCAGUGAUCUUGCGUCUAACGUGAAACACGAUCUGCUACUCAGCAUUGGAAGCCUGCUACUAUGCUCUCUGGAGCAGCGAAGCGCUGAGGGGUCGCGGUGCCGAGCACUCUACCGGUACAACGCAUAUGUGAAUGAGUUUCUUCUUCAUUGCAUGCCUGGUGCAGAGGAAAGCGGGUUUGCGCCAUCGUCGCCACCGACGAAGGGGAAGUCCAUCACCGCCCUACGUGUCGUUCUACCAUCUGUCCAGCUGAGCAGUCCGUCACCAGGCAGUACACCUCCGCAGCAGAUGGCUUCUCUGCGGCUGGCAUGGCAGCGCAGAAUGGGGCGUACAGAAAAGGCAGCAUUGCGGAGCUCGUUUCGAAGCAGAGAUCUCCACGUCACCCCAGACAUGGCGGAGGGCACGCGCAGCAACACCUCCCUUCACACAACGAAAAGCGAACUCAGCGAGGACGACGCCAACCACUAUGUAGCAGCAUUUGCGUGA